AAUUCAUGAAAGUAGGAUUAUAGAUGACCGAUUUGUUUCAAUCUGACAUCCGUCAUUAUAUUUUUCAUUAUUUUCGAUUUUACUGAACUAUUCAUAAUUUUAUUGAAUGAUUUCAUAAAAUGAAUCAGCUCCGAGGCAGGUAUGUAAAUGUUGUCCUAACGAUCGAAGAAGGUAAAGGUAUGGGCUUCAUAAAAAAUCCUCUCUAUGUGUCAGCAAAUUUCAACGGAAGAAUUCUUGAGUCAGAUACUGUAGAACCAAGCGAAUGUCCGUCUUUCAACACUGAACUGGUGUGGGAAAUUGAAAAAAAAGAUCUGAGGAAGAUUCGCAGCACUAAUCAGCCAUUACGCAUUGAAUGCCUAAGUCUGAACUCACAAAAACGCAAGGAUCGUGUGGGUUUCGCUCUUCUUAGCCUCAGAAGCGCCAAAGUGGUCGCUGCACAAGAAAAUGCUCCUUUAAUAUGGCAAAAGUUCAUCGGCGUGCACGAUAAAAAGUGUUGCCAACCUGAGCUUUCCAUUUCUUUGUCGAUCCAGGAGCAUGCAAUUCAUAAUAGACCCAAUUUCAACUCGGAUGAAACAGUAACGGUGAUGCCUUACAUCUCCGAAGAAGAAAGCGACGGUUCCACUGAGUUGUCCAGCUCACACACCUCUUCAGAAAACAUCAACACCCCAGUGAAGUACCUGGAGGACGGUUUCAUCAAGGUAGGCAGGCCGGCCAGUGACAAGUUCUCCUUAAACCUUCUAGUUCGGGCAUCGGCCAACUUGGAUCUCCUCCUACCCGAGAUACUGGUAUUUGGCAGGACCAAGCAAAAGUUCUACAUCUGCUUCAAGAUCUUCGGCAUCGUCAUCAAGACCAAACCGUUCGAGAAGACUUUGAACGACGUGAUCGAGAUGAACGAGAAGAUUGUGGUGAGACUGCUGUCGAACAAGGAGACCCUGUUGGAUUUCUUCAAGACCCAGAAGAUCCUCAUCAGCUUCUGUUGCGGCAACGAGAAACUGGGCGUUACGAACGUCGAGCUGAACAAACUGAUGCUCUCUGACGACGCUGAUGAGGUCCUGGAGUGUGAGGAGCUGUGCUAUUUCAAAUUUCCAUCCCAGAAUGGCAUAGUGCCUUGCAAUGGCGAAGCAAGGCCAUACAUCGAGGUCCAGUCAAGUGUGACGAUGGACGCAAGGGAUUCCAGCAAGCCUUCUGGAGAUGACGUCAACGUCAAGCCUAGAGACCAGGACAAGAAGGUGUCCACCAUCGAGAAGGCCAGUGGAGAUCAAGUACUGGAAGCAUCACCAAGGAAGAAACUAAAGCCUGAAGCAACUUCCCUUCCUCCGACAAAGUCCCCAACUAUACAAUCGCCAAAAAAGAGCAUACCGAACCAACCAGAGCCUCUGAUGCGUACUGCAGUACAACCAAACCCGCCAAAACCAUGCCAUAACACGUCACCCUACAAGAAGUACAGCUUAGAGAUAGCUCUGAAGGACUUGUCGGUGCAGAUCGAAUCAAAAGUUGAUGUCAGUUUGAAAAUCACGCAUCCAAAAGCUUCUAGCUACCUCUGUAAUCCAAAGCCUUCCAACGAGGCUUGCAACAAAUGCAGGAUAUUCUAUAUAGCGACUGAGGAUUCUUUGGGUGGGCUGUUGCACAUAUGGCAGCCUAAGUGUAGUUUGGUGGACGCUGAAGAGAAGAACUUAACAGAAGAACACUUCAUAAACAGUGGAAUAUUCUGGCAGAAGAAGAAAGGCAAGCUGUUCGAAGAUGAAGACUUGCUACUGCACACCUACCAGGGUAGCUUGAGAUGGAAAAACAAAGAUGAAGAAUGUGCCAGGUUCGAAGUGGUUAUGACCUUAACCGAAGAACUCUUGGAGAUGGAAACCGACAAGGGUCCUUUGGAUCUCUUACCGCCAGUAAUCGGGGAAGAGAUAACCAUCAAAGAGAUCAUGGACCUGGAGAACUGGAAGAAAUCGGAGAAAGACGCCUUUAGGGACAAGAUGUUCGAUAUGGAGAAGGAAGAGAAGGAGAAGCUGCAGAAGGAGCUAAACGAGAGACGAGAAAAGGCGGAAGAAACCAUGAAACAGCAGAUGGAGAAGUGCAAGGAGCUCCAGAAGGUGUUGCAGGAGAAGUGCGACAGUUUGAAGACUGAUAAGCUGAUGAAGAAGAAGCGGAACGCCUUACCAAUGAGUGUUUUGAACAGUAUCAAGGACAAGGUGAACUCGAAAUAUUCCAAAUACGACCCAGAACUUCUUAUGGUGGUGAUUAAUAAAUUGGAGAUCGACAAUCAGGCCUUGAGAGAUGUGGUGAUGCAACAAAGUGAACAACUGAGAGCACAUCAAAAGUCAGCUUUGACCAAAGAACAGACUACGAAUUUACUACAAGAGCUUAGAGGUUUGGAAGAGAAAUUUGAAGAGGCACAAACGGCAAAAGGAUUCUUUAAGACCCAAUGGAAGAAGGCUUUCGAAGAAGUACACGAAUUGAGGACCAAGGACUACAAGCACCUGCAAGCUGAACUCAAACAGAGCAAAGAGGAACUCACCAACCUUAGCCUUGAUUCUUACGUUGAUGACAAUCAGGAUGAGAGUCUUCUUUAUGAAGGCUUCAGGAGUUCUAGAGAUAAUGAUUUAACUUACAGUGGUUUUUGAAUGGUAUUUAAAAGGAGUUCAGACAAAUAUACAUGAUUUACAACCUU